UGCGUUUACAGCAGAGGGUGAGGCUGCGAUUUUCUUUUCGCAUUCCCGCAAGGCGAAAACCGCAGGGCCAUAUCACAUUCACUAUUCUCCCCCAACCAUGGCACCACAGAACAACCUGGGCAAGCGCGUCAAGGGCACCUCGGUACACCGGCCAUUUAUUUACGGGACCACGGCGAAACCGUUUGACGAUGAAAAGAAUCCCAAGCCGCCCGGCGUACCCGACGACCACACGCACUCGUGGCAGGUCUUUGUCAAGGGUGUCGAGGACACCGAUGUGACCUACUGGCUGAAGCGGGUGCAGUUCAAGCUGCACGAAUCCAUCCCGAACCACAUACGAAUGGUCGACAGCGAACCCGGAAAAGCAUUCGUGGUUAACGAGACAGGGUGGGGCGAGUUCGAGAUCGCGAUAAAGCUCUACUACGUGCCCGAAUCGGGCGAGAAGCCGCAGACGCUGUACCACCACCUGCGCUUGCAUCCGUACGGGCGGACCGACGCCGAAAAGGACGCCAUGCGCGCGUCGGGCGAGGUCACGGCCUGGACCUACGAGGAGCAGAUCUUCAACGAGCCCUACGAGGUCUUUUACGACGUCCUGACCAGCGGUGCCCUGCCGACCACGGCCGCCGGCGCCAACCGCGGCAAGGGCAAGGGCUCCGCGCCCGCCGUCGGCGGGGUGCGGACCGAGGGAGGGGUGCUCGAGAGGAGCGCCAUGAUCCCGUUGAGCAACAGGCCCGGGCAGCCUUUCAGCCGCGACACGGAGCAGCUCGAGGUCGAGAGGCUCAAGAAAGCUCAGGAGAAGGCACAGGCGCUGAUGAGCACGCUGCAGACUCAGCUGAAGAAUAAAGAGGCUGCUCUGCAGAAGUUAAGGAAGCAGACAGCUUCCGCAAAAUGAUGCUUGGUGGUUGGUGGUAUGAUAGAAGCGACUUGAUGGAGAUCAUAUUUCUGGCAUUGUCUUGGGCGCAUGGCGUUUCGGUGGGAUUGGGGAAAAAAGAUACCAACCUUGAUGAAUAGGUAGGAAUUGUUAUUUUAUUGUUUUAAUACAACAGGAACUUAGUGUUUGCUCGUCUAUGGAGCAGCUCUUUUUAUAUAUAUAUUAACUAUACUAAGAGUCAAAAGAAGUAUUGCUACGACAACAGACAGUCUGUCUUCUG